CUGACAGUGAAGCUAUGAAUGAGGGCGAGGAGGGGGCGGGGCAGGAAGUUGGAAGCAACGAGGGAGCAAGGAACAGUUUGGCAGGAUGGUGGAUCCCCAGUAUGUUCUGCCCAAUGAUAUUGGCGUCGCAAUGCUGGACUGUGCCGAAGCCUUCCACCUCUUAUCUGCGGAGGAAAGGCUGUACGCUCACUACCUGUCGCGGGCCUGUUGGUACGGGGGGCUGGUGGUGCUGCAGCAGACCUCCCCAGAAGCGCCUGCCAUCUUUGCCCUCCUCUCACGGCUCUUUCGGUCCCAGGACCCGACUCAGUUAGGCGAGGUGGCGCACUCGCUCGGCCUCUCAGACGAGGAGUAUCAGGCCUUCCUGGUUUACGCUGCCGCCUUCUAUGCCAACAUGGGCAACUACAAAUCCUUCGGGGACACCAAAUUUGUGCCCAACCUUCCGAAGGAGAAGCUGAAGCAGCUGGUGUGGGCGAGCCAGGCGUUUGCGGACCACCCAAAAGAGAUGGAGGCCCUGUGGGGCCGCUGUGCAGAGCGCAUGUUCUCCCUAGAGCCGACACAAAAGCACUUGGGGCUCUGUGGCCAGGGCACAUCUACUUACUUCUCUGCAAACUGCACCACGGAAGAUGCAAAGCUGGCCCAGGACUUCCUUGAUUCUGAGAACAUCAGUGCUUACAACACAAGGCUUUUUAAGACGAAGGUAGAUGACAAAGUGAAUUAUGAGGUUCGUCUGGCUUCGGUGCUUUCAGAUGAUUCUCAGCUUGACGCUGACAUGUCGGCCAAGAUUAAAUGUUUUGAGUUUGGCGGCUGCUUCUUCACUGUGACACGAGGAGAUUACUCCCCGCUUCUGGAGAAGGUUGUGGAGAACUUGAAGAAAGCCCAGCGACACGCAGCCAACCCCACGCAGGCGGAAAUGCUGUCUCACUACAUCGCCAGUUUCACGCAAGGCUCCAUCGUGGCCCACAAGGAAGGCUCCCGCUGCUGGAUUCGCGACAAGGGGCCCAUCGUGGAGAGCUAUAUAGGCUUCAUCGAAAGCUACCGAGAUCCCUAUGGUUCCCGUGGGGAAUUUGAAGGCUUCGUUGCGGUUGUGAACAAGGCCAUGAGUGCGAAGUUCGCUCGUCUUGUGGCGGCGGCUGAGCGGUUGCUGGAGGAGCUGCCAUGGCCUCGCGCCUUCGAGAAAGACACCUUCCUGAAGCCCGACUUCACCUCGCUUGACGUGCUGACCUUUGCCGGGAGCGGGAUCCCUGCCGGCAUCAACAUCCCAAAUUAUGAUGACAUCCGCCAGACGGAUGGCUUCAAGAACGUCUCGCUGGGGAAUGUGCUGGCCGUGGCCUACUCCACGCAGAAGGAGAAGCUGACGUUCCUGGCAGAAGAGGACAAGGAUCUCUAUAUCCAGUGGAAGGGGCCUUCCUUUGAGGUUCAAGUUGGACUCCAUGAACUCCUGGGUCACGGCAGCGGGAAGCUCUUUGUCCAGGAUGACUCGGGGGCCUUCAACUUUGACCACGAGGCAGUGAUCAACCCAGAAACGGGAGAACAGAUUAGAAGCUGGUACCGAGGCGGUGAGACAUGGGACAGCAAGUUUUCGAACGUUGCAUCGAGUUACGAGGAGUGUCGGGCCGAGUGUGUGGGGCUGUACCUGUGCCUGAAUAAGGAGGUCUUGGGGAUCUUUGAACUGGAAGGAGAAGAUGCUGAGGAUGUGAUCUACAUUAACUGGCUGAACAUGGUGCGUGCCGGGCUGCUGGCACUGGAGUUCUACACCCCGGAGUCCGGAACAUGGCGGCAGGCCCACAUGCAGGCGCGCUUUGUCAUCUUGAGGGUUCUCCUGGAAGCCGGCGGGGGGCUGGUAUCCCUGCAACACACCACAGGCAGAGACGGCAAACCCGAUGCAGUGGUGUCCCUGGACCGCAGCAAGAUCACCACAAUAGGGAAACCUGCGCUGGAGCACUUUCUCCGCAAACUGCAGGUGCUGAAGUCCACAGCGGAUGUGGCGGGUGGGCGCACCCUCUAUGAGACAUACUCUGCGGUGACGGACGAGAAGCCCCAGCGCUUCCUGAGCCUGCGCAAGACUGUGCUGCUGCGCAAGGAAGAGCGCAAGUUGUUUGUCCAAGCAAACACCCGCCUGGAAGGUAAAGAUGUCGUACUGGUGCAGUACGAAAGCAGUGCAGCGGGGCUCAUCAAAUCUUUCCGCGACCGUUUCCGUGAAGAUGCUGAAGUCCUGGAGAAGUGUCUGUUGGAGAUGGCACAGGCUGAUGCCCAUUUCUGGGAAUCCUGAGCCCCACAAGGGCCCUGGCUUCCCCACACUCGGCUCCCUUUGCCUGCCCAUCCAGGCACACCAGGCCGUUUCUGCACCUCACCCGUCUCUUUUGGAAAUGAGGGGUACAAGUGAACAAGAUCGCCUCUCUGAAAGCAGUCGGCCAUCACCCCCCACCCCCCGGAAGGGCCUGCGGUGGCUCCAGCCCUCCUGUUGUUGCACCUAAGGGUUCAAUAAACCUAGCUUUUAUAAAGUG